UUGGAAUCAAAUUUCAGACAGAAAUGGAACAAAAAAAUGGUGAAAAUUUUCGAUUGUUCUGCUUCUUCUGGGUCUUCUUCUUCGCGUACACUACUACCCUCGAUGUCCCGAAGGUACAAGCCCAGCCAAGCACGGUAGGGUACAACUGCACAGCAGCGAACCAGAGUUCAUACCCUUGCGAGACGUACGUCUUCUACAGAGCAACCAGUCCAAAUUUCCUCGACUUAGCUUCCGUCGGCGACCUUUUCUCCGUCAGCCGUCUGAUGAUCGCCGAUCCGAGCAACAUCACUUCUCCGGCGUCGCCGCUGCUUCCUAACCAGUCGCUGUUCGUUCCGAUCAAGUGCGGCUGCAAUCGAGUGAGCAGCAACCUCACAAUUUCGUAUGCAGCCCUAAAUCACACGAUCAAGAGCGGCGACACGUUCUACCGCCUCUCGACGGAGAGUUUCGGGAAUCUGACGACUUUCCAGUCCGUCGAGGUCGUGAAUCCGAGCUUCGUCCCCACGCAGCUCGAGCCUGGAGAUGUAAUCACGUUUCCGAUCUUCUGCCGGUGCCCUAAUUCGACGCAAUUGGGGAAUCAGGUUAAUUUCGUAAUCACCUACGUUUUUCAGAAUUCCGAUAACAUAAGCUCAAUCGCCUCCAUGUUUGGGACUACAACACAGUCCAUAAUCGCUGCUAAUGAGAACACCACAUUCAGUCCCAUGGAUACAGUGUUCGUUCCAGUUUCCAAACUUCCAAAUCUCACCCAGCCUGUAGUUCCCCCAAUUGCUCCUGAGAAAAUCGAGAGGAAAGGUGCAAUCAUAGGGUUAGGGAUUGGAUUAGGAAUCUGUGGAUUGCUGCUAGCCCUAGUUUCCGGAGCCUGGAUUUACAGAGAAAGCUCAAUGAAGAAGAAAGGGAAGAAUUACAGGGAUGAAGAGAAGCAUCAUGGUCAUCAUCAACUGCAAAAGGGGGACAGCAGAUUGAUGAAGCCAGAGGAGGUGAGUUUGAUGGCAGAUGUUUCAGGGUGUUUAGAUAAGUAUAGAGUGUUCGGAACCGACGAAUUGAGGGAAGCCACAGAUGGCUUUGAUGAGAGAUGGAUAAUUCAAGGAUCUGUAUACAAAGGUUGCAUCGACGACGAAUGGUUUGCCAUCAAGAAGAUGAAGUGGAAUGCCUAUGAGGAGCUCAAGAUCUUGCAGAAGGUGAACCACGGGAACUUAGUGAAGCUCGAGGGCUUCUGCGUCGACCGUGAAGGCGCAAAUUGCUAUCUCGUUUACGAGUACGUCGAAAACGGCUCUCUUCACUCAUGGCUCCACGACGACAAACCCGAAAAACCCAGCUGGAAAACCCGGCUAAGAAUCGCGAUCGACGUCGCCAACGGGCUCCAAUACAUCCACGAGCACACGAGGCCGAAAGUCGUGCACAAGGACAUCAAGAGCAGCAACAUCCUCCUCGACGCGAACAUGCGGGCCAAGAUCGCAAACUUCGGGCUCGCGAAAUCCGGGUGCAACGCGAUCACGAUGCACAUUGUCGGGACGCAGGGGUACAUCGCGCCCGAGUAUCUCGCCGACGGGGUCGUCUCGACGAAGAUGGACGUGUUCUCGUUCGGGGUCGUGCUUCUCGAGCUGAUCUCGGGCCGGGAGGCCGUCGACGAGCACGGGAACGUGCUCUGGGCGACGGCAGGAGAGGUUUUCGAGAGGAGAUCGACGAAGAUGAGGGGGUGGAUCGACCGGUGCCUCGUUAACGAGCCGAUCGAUAGCGUUGUCAGCGUGAUGGCCGUCGCCGUCGCGUGUCUGAAUCGUGACCCGGCGAAGAGGCCGAGCAUGGUCGAGAUCGUUUACGCCUUGUCGAAGAGCGACGAGAUGGAUGUGUCCGAGGAGGGGUUUUCUCCCCGGCAAGUCGAUGCGAGAUAGAUUGAGCGGGAUAAUGUAUUUAAAUAAAAAAAAAAAUAGAUAUUUGAUGUAAUAUUUUUGAAAUGUAUUGUUACGUUCGAGGAAGGGUUUUUGCCCCGACAAGUCGAUGAGAGAUAAUGUAUUUAAAUAAAAAAAAUAAAUAUUUGAUAUGA